AUGUUUAAACCAAAAAUGAUAGAAAAUGAAAAAGAAUUUUCAUGUUCUUAAGGUCAUAAGUUACCUGUCGUUACUAUUGCACUUGAUCCAGAUUUAUCAAUGAAUUAAAGACUCUUAUGUACAGAAUGUUUAGAGAAUACAGACUUAGAUGCUAAAGUAGUUGGAUUAAAGAAAAUUAUUUCACUAAUUGAAGAAGGUUAGAUAAAAAAGAUGGAAAAAGUAGAAUACUUAAUAACCAGCUAAAUAAAAUUAAUUGAAUAAUUACAUGAUCAAGUAGAUCAUAUGAAAUCACUUGUGAUCUAAUAAUUUGACUAAUCGAUUACAAUAUUGAAGGAAUGGAUUUAUAAUCUAUAGUAAAAAGGAUCAUAAUAACAUCUUUACAGAUUUUAAGAGGAAUUAUAAAUUAUGCUGUUAAAAUAAAAUAAAGCUGAUGAUAAAUUGUAAUAAAUAAUUCAUGAAAUUUAACAAAUAAAUCACUGUUGGACUUCCAAACUACAUCCUAAAUUAGAAUAAUUUAAUGCAUUUGAAGAAUAUACAAAAUGUUAAGAACUACUAUCAAAUUUGGAAUUAUCUUCUAAAAAAAUUACUCAAAGUUAAUAAUAGGAAUAAAAAAUAAAGGUUUUCAAUAAUAACUUUGUUAUGAUAAAUAAGUAAGACUAGCAAAAAUAAUAUAAACUUUUAUUCAAUAAAAAAAAUUACUUUAAAAUUAUUUCAUAAUUUCAUUAAGCAUCCAUUAAUUUGUUUGCUUUUUCUUCUUGA